AUGAAGAACCAUUUGCUUUUCUGGGGAGUCCUGGCCAUUUUUGUUAAAGCUGUUCUUGUGACAGCCCAAGAUGAUGAUAAAUGGACUGUUAUUGCUGACAACAAGUGUCAAUGUGUCCGGAUUACUUCCAGGAUCAUACCUUCUCCAGAUCCUAGCCAGGAAAUUGUGGAAAGAAACAUCCGAAUUAUUGUUCCUCUGAACAGCAGGGAGAAUAUCUCCGAUCCCACUUCACCAGUGAGAACCAACUUUGUGUACAAUUUAUCUGAUGUCUGUAAGAAAUGUGACCCUGUAGAAGUGGAGCUGGACAAUGAGGUGGUUACUGCCUCUCAGAGCAAUAUCUGUGACGAAGACAACGAGACUUGCUAUACUUAUGACAGGAACAAGUGUUAUACUAACACUGUCCCACUGCUCUAUGGCGGCAAGAUCAAAAUGGUGACAACAGCUCUAACCCCAGAUUCCUGCUAUCCUGACUAA